UGGAACUGUGGCGGAGCGACCUGUUCUCCCGCCGCUGAGGAAGAGUCGCGGAAGAGGGGCAAGGUUUCCUGACUGUGAAGCAGCUAACUACCAGAAGCGUCUGUUUACCAGCGGGUUCAGCAGCGGGUUCAGCAGGUCACAGGUCAGAGAGACCCCGGGACCGAAGCAUCAAGAUGACGGCCGCACCUUACAACUACUCGUACAUCUUCAAAUACAUCAUCAUUGGGGACAUGGGAGUAGGGAAGUCAUGUCUGCUGCACCAGUUCACUGAGAAGAAAUUCAUGGCGGACUGUCCCCACACCAUCGGGGUGGAGUUUGGGACGAGGAUCAUGGAGGUCCACGGUCAGAAGGUGAAGCUGCAGAUCUGGGACACGGCCGGUCAGGAGCGGUUCAGAGCCGUCACCAGGUCUUACUACAGGGGGGCCGCCGGCGCCCUCAUGGUCUACGACAUCACCAGGAGAAGUACCUACAACCACCUGAGCAGCUGGUUGACAGACGCCAGGAACCUGACCAACCCCAACACGGUGAUCAUUCUGAUCGGGAACAAAGCCGAUCUGGAAGCUCAGAGAGACGUGACGUACGAGGAGGCCAAACAGUUUGCUGAGGAGAACGGUUUACUGUUUCUAGAGGCCAGCGCUAAGACGGGGGAGAACGUGGAGGAGGCCUUCCUGGAGGCAGCCAAGAGGAUCUACCAGAACAUCCAAGAUGGCAGUCUGGACCUGAACGCCGCUGAGUCGGGAGUCCAGCACAAACCCUCAGCGCCACAGGGAGGCCGCCUCAAUGCCGACAGCCAGCCGGCUAAAGAGGGCUGCAGCUGCUAACCACAGACAGAAACCACAGACCCAUCGGACGGACUGACGGACGGAGACAGACACGUACACAGAGAUCCCCUCUUCUCCAGCCACCAACAUCCACCUCCUGUCCAGAGAGCAUCAGGCCGGAUUCAGAUGAACCAUAGCAGCCCACAGUUUGGUUCUUAAGUCAACCAGCUCCCCCCACAGAGAUACGGACCAGAAUCAAAUCCAUCACUAAACAGUUUCCUGACUAAAUAAAUCAUUUCCUGUUCACAUUGAAUCCCUCAACACGAAUUCCAACCCCUCAAGGUCGGCACCUGGAUCCCACUGGGACCCAGUGUGGAUCCCACUGGGACCCAGUGUGGACCGUCCUCAGCCCACAUCCAGGCUCGUGUGGACCAAACCCCGGCCACGACAGACUGUUCUAAUUCUAAAAUAAGACGGCAGUCCUCCCAGAACCCAAUCGUAUUGUUUCUUUUUUUUAAACCGGACCUCUAUUUGGACUGUUCCGAGUUUGGAACUCUGUUGGUCUUUAUUGGUCCUUGUGUGACAGAACCUCAGCUCAUUCAGAACGUGGAACCCUCGUGUCUCAAGAGACAAACGUACAAUUCUCAAAUUCAGACAUAUCACCGGCAAAAUCAGCGUGUCACAAAAACAUGUCUCAUUUAUUACAAACCUGGAGUUGAGGUGGUUUUCAUCCUUUAUUCAGACAAGCUGGGCUCAAACCUCCGGGUCCUUCUCAUCGACCAGAGUCUGAACCAACAACCCUUUUCCCCAAGGCGUCAGCUCCUCCCAGUCUGGAGUGUGGUGGCCCAGUUCAAGUUAGAGUAAUCCAAAGAGUCAAAGUAACAGGACGAGUGGGUUGACUUGCUUCUACAUGUGGACGCUGGAGAGCUGGACGCCCUCGCUCCAAACUGAGAAGGUCGACAGCUCUCAUUUGGAUUCAUGCUCGAGUCGGACUGUUCAAAUCCCACAAUUAUACAUCUGUGAACUCACCAGCAUUCCAAGAUUAGAUCCCCCUCCAGACCCAGUCUCCUGAUCUGAGUCACGGGAGGACAGACAUGAUCCUCCCUCCAAGUGGACGACCCUUGUCCCAAAGACGGAACACGGGAGGUGCGUUGAGACUCAGACACCCUGAGUUCCACUGAGACAUCCGGACGCAUCCAGAGCUCAGGCUCCAACUGGACCUCCACGCCUCCUCCAGACCAACGAUGAGGGUCGUCCAGGUCCAGAGCGACCUUCGUCCCAACAUGAGACGCCAGUGAAGACCAGUUCAGAUACAGAUCGGAAUCCGGACAAUCCAACAUUCCAAAUCUGGACUUCUCUCAAAUUCGGAUCGCCCACCUUCCAUCUCUGGAUAUUUCUCUGAGCAGAUUUCGAGCAGCUCAAGUUUGAACGCUCUCAAUUCAAGGAGCUCUUUUUAGAUCUAGACCUCCAGGUCCCGUUAGGCCUCAAUCUCCUCUGAACCCAGAUGGUCCCCACGCCCAGUUCUGACUGCGCUCUGUGAGAGUGAGUGAGUCUUCUGGAUUGAUAUUAGUAUUUGUGUCUUGUGUGUGUGUGUGAUAUGCCAUCAUCUGUUGUUCAGUUAGAAGAGUCUUUGAAAUUCGUGCUUUAAAACUAUAAAUUCUAUCACAGAGUGGCCUGGACAACUGAACCCGCCUCUGGGAUUACUUUCCUCCCUUUGCUCCAUUUCAUGCCUCAGAUCACAAGUUCCCAAACCAUUCUGCUCGUCGCUCAGUUAUUCCCUCACCUGUGCAGAUUGCUGGAGCGUUGCGUUGUCACCUUGUUGUGAUCAGAUGUGUCUUUGUGUCUUCUUGUUGGACGCCCGUCCAGUCAGCCUUGGAUUCGGGGGAAAGAGCUUCUCCACUGAGGAGGAUUCAUCGUGCUCGGUGGUGCACAACCUGAGAAAGUAACACUUUUGUCAGGUUGUGCGACCGUUUCUUACAAAUCCCCGUCUACAGAAACACAUUUAACUUUACGAAAAAAGAUGGAUCCAGGGUUUUUAUGUUUGACCUUUAUUAUGCAUCAGAAGAUCCGACCACUGCUUCUCUAGUUUCGACCUGUAGUUCUCUAAAAGUUCACCAACUCUCAAUGUGCAAUACUUAAAGCCUUAAAAUACUACAAACAAACUUUGUCCAAUUUCCUCUAAAUAACUGAGUUCCUGUUUUAUCGCAGCUGGAGAAGUGAUCAGAGCCUCCCGCUCUGCGUGGAAUCACAUCAACGUGAAGCUUUAACACACUUCAUCCAAAAUGAUGGAUCCCAGUCUGACUCGAUUACUUUUCCAAACAAAGACAUUCAAACACUGCUUGUUGCUCAAAAACCAGUCGUUCUAGAGUCUCAGGUCCAGUCCCCAGUACCAGGAAUGUAUCGGCCCCUAAAUACUCCCACUCCACCCAAUAACCCCCCCAUCUCUGCACCACCCGGUUCCCCUGUGUUAAACCUGCCGUGUGGAGAGAUGCAGCUACUGGCCGACGAAGAGGGAACAGGAUUCUUGAAGGUCACCACUGGUCUCUCAGUGGAUCUCCAGUUCAGGAUUGCUUCUUAAUACAUUUUUCCUCUUGUUGAAUUUAAAAAAAAUCAAAUAGUGAAAUGUUUAUGUCACUGCGCCCCCUAGUGGUCAUUUCCUCUUCCCUGUGAAGUCCGAUUCAGGGACGAAAAAUGACAAACGAGGCAAAACAGCUUCUUUGUUUUCCUUCAAACACUCGAGCAGGAUUAUUACCAUUGACCUGAAUCGUCCUGGUUCGUUGUUUCAAGUGUUCGACUCAUUUCUAAUUUAACUAACAGUUAUUGAUCUACCACACGAGUAAAUGUCACAACUGGGUCAUAUGACAGAAUAUUCCUCGUUAAGAACCGUUGGGCUCUGAUGAGCUUCAUCACAGAAACGGUCCCGCUGCACUAAACCUUCUUUAUUCUGUUCAUUUUGUUGAACAAGCUGCACUCGUUGAUUUCUGUCACGCGGAGAGAAAAUAGAAAUAGAUGCACAUUUUAUACCAAAUAUUGUUUUAUUCAUUUGACUGUUUUAAAACUAAUCGAUUAAAACGCCCUCGAUCUGAUUCCACUCUCGUUCUCUCUGAGGGAUCCAAGUCAAAUUUACUCAAGAUGAAAAGAUUCAAGCUUCAUGUCCAGAAGGAAAAUGUCCUGAUGUCAAAAUGCAACAACUCUCUUUCAACACCUGGAAGGAUUCAGAGAAAUCUCUAACCCAACCAAGUCGUGUGCAGGUUUCUGAUGAGUCAAAGUAUUACUAAUGUAGAGUCUGUGGGCUUUGAGAAUACUCUGUAAUACUCUGUAAUACUCUGACUCACCACUUGUACUGUUGGAGUUUGUUUCUGACAGAAACAGAACUCGUCACCCGGAGCCGGCCCUCUCCAGACAUUAUCAACAGACCACAGAUCAGUCCAACGCUAAGCCUAUAUCACUUAAUAAUACAUAAUUAGUAAUGAACCUGAAAUUAAGUUUGUUUUUCAUUUACUGUCAAUUAGUUGAUAAAUUAAUUUGUACCUCUUUGAUGAAAAAUUGUAAAAUCUAAUUCUUUUGUUCUCAUAGUAGAAAAACGUUAAAAAGCUCAAUGAACUUCAGCAGGAAAAAUUCAGAACCACAAAAACUAAUGAAUCAUUUUCUAGUAUUUUUAUUCUUAUAAUUAUUAUUAUUACAUUCUCUUCACUUUGUUUCCUUCUUAGUGUAAACGUGUAACAUUAUCAAAUUAUUAUCAGCAUCAUCUCUUAAAUAUUCGCUCUUGAGUUUUACUCCAGGUGACGUCCUAGGUUUCAGAUUUCUAUUUGCUUUGGAGGAAGUUUCUAAAGGAAGAAGAAAGAGUUUAUUUGAGUUAAAUUUGAAAAAAAAAGCAAAGAUUUUGAAGUUCCCAGAGAGCAACUGGUCAAACAGCCGCCGGUCACUGGAUCCAACAAGAACAGCUGAUGGGACCUUGUUGUGUCCGAAGCCUGAAACUUCCCCAUCGACACGUUUCAUUUAAAAACAUCCAAUGGUUGAUGAACACGAGACUUCCAUCCGCUAACAGCAGUGCCAGCAGGGGGCAGUGUCGAGACGUUAGUUUAAAGAGGGUAUUUCAACAUUUAAUCAGAAAAUAAAUCAAUAAAAAAUAAACACAUUUCUUCUUGUAUCCAUAAAGUCCUGUAACAAGCCCAGAGGGGUUUUAAAUCGUAGAGUGUGAUUGAAGCAAAUCUGCAUUUUAAAUGCUGACACUGAUCGGCCAGGUGGUGGCGCUGUGAUCAGGCUGCUGCACAGGUCGGACAGAGGAAGAGUCUUCUUCCCGCUCACUGGCUGUAACGUGCUCUGUACUUUCUAUUCUUUUGUUGUUCUUCUGUAACGUCUGUUGAUUUUUUCUGUCGGCUAAAGUAACAAAAAUGCUUCUUAUUCGUUGACUAUUUAUAUUCUUAAUCUGUAAUUUGAUUUUCUUCAGCUGUUCCAUUGUACGACCACAAGGAUUCAGUUAUUUGUAAAUAAAGUAUAUAUAUAUAUAUACUGUA